UGUACGAGUGCGAGAGUGAGGGGUAGAGCGUGCGUGUACAGCAGCUGUGCGAAUACAACUGGCCAUAUGCGUGUUGUGGUUAGUCCAUCUGAAGAUGCCAACUCAUUUUUCUUGUGAGUGGCGGCUCGCAAUAUUCGUCCGCAUACGACGCAUUCAGAUAGGAUAUUAAUAUCGGGAUAUUUCCGAAGCAGCAUCGGAUGUUCUAUUGUUAUGAAGUGAUCAUAGAUAUCAGCUCUGAACGACCUGGAGUAAUCUUGCUAUAAUUUCAUAUAUAUUUGGGAGAUUCUAUUCCCUUAUUCACUCACUUAUGUUUGAAAGGAGUCUGGAUUACAGGUAGCGGUGGGUGAGCCGAAUCGCCGAGGCGGUGAUUGUUUUCAUCAUGCCUCUCCAUGCAUCCAACACGCGAUCAUCAUCUUCCAGCAGUACUUCGACUCGACUAUCAUCCAGGACUUCCCCGUAUGGAUUCCCGCGCUUUCCUCGUCUCCGCCGUCACCCGGUUACCGUCAUCCGGACGGCCCUCCUCAUCAUUUUCAUCGCGCUUCCAGCUUAUGUAUUCCUAGUACUUAACGCACCCGGCAACGGCAUCGAUGUCGAUGGCGGGAAUAUCCAGUACGUGGUCGCUAGAGACUCGAUCAUGCCAGAGAGACCUCCCGAGGCACCAAUGCAUGUGCAUGUUAGGGAUUCAAAUCCUGACAUAAGGGUAAUACAGGGGGGUAACAUUGAACAAGGGGUAAUAAGGCGGGAAGCUUUACAGGUGGAGCAAGCUAGAGACCAAAGCGCAUUUGUCACCGAAAAGAAAGAUAAGAGAUUACUAAGGAAAUGGAGAAUGUACGAUUGGGUUAAUGCUUCCUAUGUCGGCUGUUUUCCAGAUGCAAUACAACCGAAUCAGCGAACACUUAAAGGAGCCUUUACCACUGAUCUUCGAAAGAUGACAAUUGAAACGUGCCUUUCAUACUGUACUAAAAGAAAUUUUCUAUACGCGGGUCUACAAUACUACAGUGAAUGUUACUGCGGGUCGAAUCUUGAACGGGAGAAGACAGAUAAUGAAUCCUUGUGCAAUCUUGAAUGCUCUGGAAAUAAAAGUCAGGUCUGUGGUGGCGCCCCGUAUCUUUCAGUGUACCAAUUGAAGAACGAUCCUAAACGAGCACCUCACGUGGCAUCACAGCCACGCCCAGCCGGACAAGAGGAAGGUCCAAUGAAGGGUUUUCGCGAUGGUUAUAGAUGCUGCGCAGAACGACCGGCCGAUUAUUCUUCUUUUACGAAAUACAUGGAUGAGAGCGAUAAAAUGACAACUUCGAUUUGUAUAUCGGUCUGUGAGAAACAAUCUAUGCCUCUUGCAGCACUAUUUCGCGGCUCCCAGUGUCACUGCGGCUACCUCACUCAUAAUUACACUUUACGCCAUACCGUUGAGCCCAGCGAAUGUCAGGAGCCGUGUGCAGGCGAUUCCAAUGUGUUUUGUGGCGGGAAAAACUACUAUGCAAUCUACCAGACAGGAGUCGAAGAUUCAAGAUGUACCAAUAUAGUAAUGGGCAAGGAGAGGACGUUUCCACUGAUAACUUUAGCAAGUUUUCCUGGAUCUGGGAACACUUGGGUUCGGUAUCUAGUUGAGCGAUCGACGGGUAUCUUCACCGGGAGCUACUAUGACGACGGAGACCUCUAUAGGAAAGGGUUCCUUGGUGAGAGGGAGAACUGGAGAAAAGGCAACACAAUCGCCGUGAAGACACAUCGAUUUGAUGAAGAGCACAUCUCAUCGUUUGAUGGCGCUAUACUGAUCAUCCGAAACCCUUACAAAGCCAUCAUCUCCGAACACAACCGGAAGUUUGGUGGCCACACGGGGUUCGCCAGCGAGAAGCACUACACACAGGGGACGGAAUGGAUUGACUUUGUGGCCGGUAAGUCAAGGACCUGGACCAACACAGCCCUGAACUUCCUUCAAUUCAGCAAGAAGAUACUUGUCAUCCAUUAUGAGGACCUCAGGAAGGAUCCGUACGACUCGCUCAUCAAGAUGUCCCAGUUCUUAGGCCAACCACCCAACGAGGAACGAAUACUCUGCACUCUGAGCUCACCGGACGGCAAGUUCAAGCGCCGGGAGAGCACCCGGCAGAAACUCAGCUUUGACCCCUACACGGACGAGAUGCGAGAGAUCCUCUCACUGUAUAUCAAGAGCGUCGAUAUGGCGCUGAAACUGAAAAACCAAAGUAAAUUGCCAGAAGAUUACAACCCCCAUCUUAGAUUAUGAUAUUGAAGGGAAUACAGAAAAAAUGGACCGGAAGUCACAUGAGUUUUCACUUUAAACCACCACAUGAUCAUGGUGAUGAAGCUGAAAGAACUAAGAAUUAAAAUGAUGGACAAAGGAACCACAGGAGCGACAAUGGGGAAUAUUCAUAGACAUUCACAAGCUUCUGGUAUUUUUUUAAAUCUUUUUGCUGCUCAUGGAAAUGGUUGGUU